AGAGAACCACGCGCCGCAACCAGGCUCGGCCAGCGUGAUGAAGCAAGAGAACCAGCCAAGCGAAACUCGUCCAACCCCUGUCGCCGAACGCAGCGGGCCUCACUCGAUGAGCCUGGCCCAGCCCGCCUGAGGCAGUUGCCUUUUUUCGCCGUUCGCCCAACGGCGCGAGCCCAGCCCCGUGACCCCGAUUAGGAACCCAGAUCGAACGAGCCUAGCCUGACUACAUUUGCUUGGUAUAGUAUUGGUUUUCUGCCUUGUAAGUUGUAACUAGGUUCGACCCUGCCUCAUUUAGAAACGGGUUGUAGGCUUCGCGCUCUUCCCGCAUUCUCGCAAGACUGUGUAGGCGCCGCACCAUAUACAUCAAGGGCCAGGCACUUAAGGUCGAUCGAAUUGGGGAUCAGGCAAGUGAUCAUCAAAGGUUAGGGC